GAAGGCUUUAAUUCGAGAAGAAGAACAUAUUCUUUCCGAAAAUACAGCGACAUUUGGUUUGUAAUAUGGAAGUCAGCAGGAACUGCGCGCUUGCGUUUGCGCAGUACAGGGAGUCAGUGUGGAACACAUCUGCAAGUCUGUGUAUGGAGCCUUUUAGACAUGCGCGUAUGGCGUGGACGAUUUAGACAAACGUGUUGGAGGUUAGCCCUAAUAACCUAUUAAUGAUGUUGAGAAAUACCAUUAAAGGUCUACUUUCAUUUGUGAAUAGUGGUUCGUUAAAACGACCAAUGAGCACCAUUUCUCCACUUCAGUCUCACCGAAUAGUUUGGAUUGACAUGGAAAUGACUGGGCUGGAUAUUGAAAAGGAUCGUAUAAUGGAAAUUGCUUGUAUAGUCACCGAUGGCAAUUUAAAUGUUGUUGCUGAAGGACCAAAUGUAAUUUUAAAUGUACCAAAGGACAUUUUAGAAAAUAUGAAUGGCUGGUGCUUAAAGCAACAUAAUAAGACUGGUUUAACAGAAUCUUCGUUAAAUUCAAAAAUUACAGCAGAAAUUGCCGAAACAGAAUUAUUAAACUUUAUAUCAAAUCAUGUAGUGGAAAAAUGUAGUCCUCUGGCUGGUAAUUCUGUGUAUAUGGACCGUUUAUUCUUAAGGAAAUUCAUGCCGAGAGUGGAUAGUUAUUUGCAUUAUAGGAUAGUUGAUGUUUCCUCAAUUAAGGAACUAUGUCGAAUAUGGAAUAGAGAUGUUUAUAAAAAUGCACCUACAAAAACGUUGGAACAUAGGGCCUUACAAGAUAUCAGAGAGAGUAUACAAGAAUUACAAUUUUAUAAAAUGAAUUUUUUCAAUUUAUGAUUACCAAUGUUCGUAUGAAGGUAUAAUUACCUUUAUACGUAGGUACUUAAUAGAAAAUCAGUUAAAUUUAUUAAAAAAAUAUAGAAAUUAUUGUUUUUACAGUAUCAAGACAUCACUUUUAAUAUUAAAUACAGAAGUAAAUAGAUAAUUAUAUUAUUUAUAUAUGCUAUUUUCAUUAUACUAGUAAAGAGAUCAAAUUUCAACCAUAAGCUGAGUGGGCGGGGUUUCAGCCAUGGCUGGUCUACCACCCCAGUCCGCUAUACAUACAACAGUCAUUUUAUGAUUUUCAUGGAUAACUAGAUCGAAAUUAAAAUAAAUUAAACAAAUAUAGCAAACGAGCUCCUGGGUAUGGCUAUAGCUAUGCCU